UUGAUUGUAUUUCAGCAGCUUUAUAUUUCAUAGUUAUGAAAAAUGCUAAAUGUCUUUUAACAUUUUACUUUUACAGGACCUUAUUGCCAUGUCAGCUAAUACAGCUGAGAAAUAUGAUUAUAUACCCAGAAACGCAUGGGUUUUUGAAGAGCAACAAAUUUCAGAUAUGGACUUGCAUGGACAGAAGGCUAAAGAGACAGAAGACGUUCCUCCCCUUGAGGCCUUUAUAGUCUCAGAGAGCGAGUCAAUCCCAAAAGCAAAGGAUGUAAUUGAGGAGAGAGAAGUCCAGACUCCGCCAGCAAUUCCAGCAGUUCUUUCUGAUCCUUCCUCGGAUACUGAUAAAUCAGUGACCCCAAAGAGUCAGAAGGACUGUGAAGAGGAAAAGCCACAGGAUGGAGAAGACAAUGUUCAGGAGGCUUCUGCUGAGAAAGCAUCGAAGCCCAGAAGCAUUGUUCAACCGAAUCCUGUGGAAGAAAAAGAACAGAAAGAGGAAUCCAAAAAAGAGAUUCCAGCAGAUGUUGUGCAAGUUGUGAAGGAAAGAGAGGCCCAGACUCCUGCAGAACCUUCAGCAAUUCCACCUGAUCCUUCCCCAGGUGAUAGUAAUGCUAAGAAACCGAUGAGUCGGGACCAAUGGUAUGCACAAAUGAAUGAAAUGACCAAAGAGAUCAACUCUGCCCUGAAGUACACAACGUUGAAACCAAGAAUUAAAACUACAAACUUAAGGAUUUCAAUCUUCAAUGUGAAUUGGGAUCUGGUGGUUUUGGAAAGGUUUAUCGGGCAAAACACAAAGCAUCAAGGAAGGUGGUUGCCAUCAAGGCUAUAAAGAAGAAUGAACUUAACACCAUCAAUGAUUUAAGAAAGUGAGUUAAAUGGGAACAGAACUAUUUUGUCUUUGUAUGAAGUGAAACUUCCUUAGUUGUAGCCCCAGAUUAUAUAAAGCAGUAUUAAGAUUUAUAUCUGUUCCAAAAGAUACAUUUAUUUUCAGUCAUUUCCUGCUGGCCACUUAUCUUUUUCAUCGCUGUUGUUUGUUUCUGAUAAAGUGGCCUCAGUCUUAUUUUCUAGCACCAUGAAACAUUAUGAACCUCAGGCUUUGCUUUUCUAUAGAUUGGUCUGAGCAGGAUCAUUUGCCCCUAUAUAAUGUGUAGCUAAUUAUAACCAACUGCCAAAUAACUCCCAUGUGUCACAGAAAAUAUUUGUAAUAUAAUAAAACUUUAGAAGAGUCAUUUACUUAACACAGGGGUAAAACUGCUAGAGCACUAUGGGGCACGAGUUUACCCCCCUUAGUACCUGUCUAGGAAACACUUGCAUCCCUAGUUCUGCUGGUCUCUUCAGAGACCCCUAAGGGCUUACUAUGGCCUCUCUUAAUUGUGUUUGGGCACAAGUAGGGUUCUGGUAUCAAUUCAUUAUGUCUCCCGAUGGUACAUGUGUGGGUUGAGCCCAAUCCUUGGUCCUGAAUUCCUCCUAUACCUACUUUGGCCAGUUGGAGCCAAGAAAUUGCUUAUGUGACUGUAAUGGGACAUUAUAUUGAGCAAUAUUUAGUUUAUGUUAUAUGUUUCUUAUCUUGACUUUUUGAUGGUUUUAU